UCUUCGACGAAGUGCCUGCCGGGAAGAUUCUUGGUGGAUGAUGACGUCACUGUUUGUGUGCUCGCUUUGGGGAAGAUGGCGGAGGCUGCGGCUGUUCCCCCGCAUCGCUUUUUCUGUCACUGUUGUAAGGGAGAAGUAAACCCGAAACUCCCGGAGUAUAUCUGUCCUCGCUGUGACUCAGGCUUCAUCGAAGAAGUGACAGAGGACUCCAGCAGCCUCUUAGAGAGCGGCACCAACGGACUAGAUGACACGACCACUCAGUUUGCAGAGCUUUGGCACCUGCUCUUAAUGGAGCGGCCAUUUUCAGUCGACGGCGACAACCCCGAUUCGGAACCUCGGCUCCCCGGAGGGCGCUUGGGCGGGCUCAGCAACUUUGGGGGGUUUGGAAGCGGACCCAUUGGGGGCUCGGUCCCCGCUGGCUUCGGGGGGUCCAUGGGGAGUCCGUUUGGGAUCGGCGACCACUGGGGUCCGGCGCGACCCCCACGCCUACACACCCAGAGGAGAUACAGGUCCAGAGUCAGCAGCAGGCCCGACCGCUCGCCCGCUGUCGAAGGGAUUGUACAACAGUUCCUCGCCGGCCUCUUCGCUAACUCUGGUGUCUCCGGCUCGCCGCCGCUGUCAUGGACAGGGAUGCUGCAUUCUAAUCCAGGGGACUACGCCUGGGGACAGGGGGGCCUGGAUGCUGUCAUAACACAAUUACUAGGUCAACUGGAGAACACGGGGCCUCCCCCAGCAGAGAAAGAGAGGAUCUCUUCUCUCCCCUUUGUAAAUAUUACUCAGGAACAAGCAGACUGUUGUAUGGAAUGUCCAGUGUGCAAAGAGGACUUUGAGGUGGGCGAGGCCGUCCGACAGCUCCCCUGUAACCACUUCUUCCAUUCGGCCUGUAUAGUACCAUGGUUGGAGAUGCACGACACGUGUCCAGUUUGUCGGAAGAGUUUGAACGGCGAAGACAGCAGCAGCCAGCCCCCGUCAGAGCCCCACUCCCUUUCCAUGGACCCCCGCACACAGGAGAGGUGGUCCUUCUGAAGACAAACAAGCAAAAAAAAAAAACUACACGAGAAGAGUCUUCUCGCUCCCCCAUGUCAAUCACUUUUUUUGUAAUUUUCUGUCUUCUCAUGAACCAAUGUCCACCCACUGACACCCCCCCCCACACACACACACACACACAAACACACAUCCUAAAGGAGUCAUAUCAGGAAUUCCCUGACAUGCUUCAAUCCAAAUAACAGGACAGUUUUGGCUGGUGUGUUGUGUCUAAUGCAAACGAGUCACUUCUCACACAACUAGCCAUUUGCAAUUUGCAAGUCAAGUUCCAAAACAUGUCUCCUUUCCGCUCCAGUUGAGGCCCCUCCAUGUUUGCCCCCUUGAAACACUAUGUUGGCUAAAUGUCAACUUUUCUAUUUCCAAGUCGCCACCUUGCUGUAAACCUGUUCAUGAACUCUAUUUAUUGUUAGGAUGCUCAAUAGGGGUAUUUCUUUGGCUUAAUGUUUUAAGCAUCCCCUAAAAAGGGGAAUUACAUCUUAAAACCAUUGCACCAAUUAAGUUAAUUAAGUCAUCAUUGCUGGCCCCACUUUUUUAAAUUCUACCUAUUCCUGCUGGUGUACAUAUUAUAAUUUCUCAUCUUUCAUUAGUACUCAUUGUAUGAUCACAUUUUUACAAUUUUUCUUUAUGUAAAUAAUCUUAGUCCGGAAACCAAAAAAAAAGGUCUGCAAAGAAAAACAUUGAGAAUGGAGAUGCAAAUGUGAAUGACAUGAUUAACAAACUGUAUUAUACAAUUGAAAUAAAAAUGUCUAUGAUGUAUUAAUAAAGUGACAAAACUGG